AUGGGUAUCAAGAAUCUCUACCAGAUCAUCUCCGAAAAUGCGCCCGACGCGAUCAAGACGGGCGAGAUCAAGAACCAUUUCGGCCGCAAGGUCGCAAUUGAUGCAUCCAUGAGCAUUUAUAGUUUCUUGAUUGCCGUGCGCUCCGAAGGCCAGCAGCUCAUGAGCGAGUCUGGUGAGACCACUUCACACUUGAUGGGCAUGUUCUAUCGGACCCUCCGUAUGGUCGACAACGGCAUCAAGCCACUCUAUGUCUUUGAUGGAGCCCCGCCAAAGCUGAAGUCGGGAGAGCUUGCAAAGCGUGGUGCGCGCAAGGCCGAGGCCACCGAGGCGCACGAAGAGGCCAAGGAGACCGGUACGGCGGAGGAUGUGGAGAAAUUCUCCAGGCGGACAGUGCGCGUCACGCGCGAGCACAAUGCAGAGUGCAAGAAGCUACUCAAGCUGAUGGGUAUUCCCUACAUCGAUGCGCCCACCGAGGCCGAAGCCCAAUGUGCUGUCUUGGCGCGGGCCGGCAAAGUCUACGCUGCUGCCUCGGAGGACAUGGAUACCCUGUGCUUUGAGGCACCGAUCCUGUUGCGCCACUUGACGUUUAGUGAGCAGCGGAAAGAACCUAUUCAAGAGAUCCACCUGAGCAAGGCGAUGGAAGGUCUCAACAUGGAUCGUAACCAGGUAUGGCUCCAAGAACAAGUUUCAUGCGUUGCAAGCGCUUCGAAGUCUCUUCAUCUCGCUGACGUUGCUGUGUGUCUUGCCUUGUUCCAGUUCAUUGACCUCUGCAUCUUACUUGGCUGUGAUUACCUAGAGCCCAUCCCCAAGGUUGGCCCGAGUACAGCUCUUGCCCUCAUUCGGGAACAUGGCACGUUAGAAAAAGUGGUCGAGUAUAUGAACAAUGAUCCGAAGAAGAAAUACGUCAUUCCUGAGGAUUGGCCGUACCAAGACGCGCGCGAACUUUUCGUGCACCCCGACGUGCGGGACGCAAAUCACCCGGAUUGCGAUUUCAAAUGGGAGGCCCCCGACGUUGAGGCUCUAGUGCAAUUCUUGGUGACCGACAAGGGCUUCAACGAGGAUCGGGUGCGUAACGGUGCCGCGCGACUUACCAAGAAUCUUAAGACGGCCCAGCAGUCACGGCUUGAGGGAUUCUUCAAGCCGGUCGCCAAAACUGAUGAGGAAAAGGCUUCCCUGAAGCGAAAGCACGACGAAAAGCUCCAGGAACAGAAGAAGCGCAAGAAGGAUGAGGCAAAGGCGAAGAAGGAGGCCAAGUCAAAGCCUCGGGGUGCAAACUAG